AUGAAUAAAAGUGAAGAUAAUAUUCGUUUGUCGAUCAAUAUAAAAAUAAAUUUUAUAUUAACAAUUUUAUUUCUUUUAAUUGCAAUAAUUGGUGUAUUGGGUAAUUUAUUAGUAAUAAUAUCAGUUCAAAUCGAUUCACGUAUGAGACGAUCAUUAACAAAUCGUCUUAUUGUUCAUGUUGCUUGUUGUGAUUUAAUAAUUUUAUUAUUAAAUAUUCCUGAUUUAAUUCAAUUUGUUUCAUCAACAAAUGGAAAUUGGAUAUUAAAUGAAAUAGCUUGUAAAUUAAUUCGAUCAAUUCUUGUCUUAGCUCAAUAUGCAUCUGUUUUAACAAUGUGUGCAGUUACAAUUGAAAGAUUUAUUGGUAUUGUUUAUCCAUUACGUUCAAAAUUUUUACGUGAAGAAAAACAUGUUGCUCAAAUAACAUUUUUUGUUUGGUUUUUUUCUUUAUUAUGUGCAUCACCAAAUCUUAUUUAUUUACGUAUUGUAUCAAGAUCACCAUCACAUCGUUCAUGUUCUUUAGAAUAUUCACAAAAAAAUCUUCAUUUAAAUCAACGUGGAUAUAUUAUUCAUAAAUCAAUUGAAUCAACAAUUUUUUAUUUUAUUCCACUUUUAUUACAAAUUUAUUGUUAUACUAGAAUAGCAACACAAUUAUUUCAUGUUGAUGAUACACUGCAAACAUCAUUUAAUUUAAAUCAAUUAAGAAAUAAUCAACGAACACAGAAUGAUAUGGAUGAUGAAGAUGAUUAUAUUGAUAAUGAUGAAAAUAUGGGUAGUAGAAUAACAAUAGCUGAAUCUUAUAUACCUUCAUCGAAUGGUCGUAAAAAUACUUAUUGUCAAGAAAAUAAUCCUUCAUAUUCGAAAUAUCUUUCUGUACAAAAUAAUUCUUCAUUAUUAAAAUCAAAACAUAAGAAAAAAGGUGGUGGUGAUUAUUAUCAUCAAAAAGGUGGUUGUUAUAAUACAUUAAAAUCUCGUCGAGGUGUUAUUAAAAUGUUAUUUACUGUUGUUCUCAUUUAUUUUGUAUCAUUUAGUCCACAAGUUCUUAUAUUUAUUUUAUUUGAUACAAAUGCAAUUCAUCCUCUUCCUAAAUUUAUUCAAACACCAUAUUUCAUUGCAUUCACAAUGCUUUUAAUAACAAUUAGUUCAGCAUCAAAUCCAAUUGUUUAUGCGAUAUUUUGUUCGAAAUUUCGACAAAGUUUUGCAAAAGUUCUUCGACAUCUAUGGUUUUGUGAUCGAUCAACAUAUAAUUGUAAUUUAAAUCAAAGAAGAAGAUCAUUACAAAAUUUACCCAAAGAAAAUUCUCAUAUAAAUAAAAAAAUUAGUCAUUAUGAACAAAAAUCAAAUAAAAAUCAACGAAUUUCUAUUCAUAUUAAUGAAACAAAUGAUCAACGAUGA